AUGGACAGAUUUUUAAAUCACAUGGAUUACAACGACAUAUUUUCAUUUCUUAAUAUAAAUGAACAAGUGCAUAAGCUAGCAAGGGAUGGUACAAUUUCUCAAAUGUUAGCUGGUAAAGAAUUGCUUAAGAUUUGUUUAAAUUGCAAAUUGCAAUCAGAUAAUCAACGUGAUAUAAUUGAUAUUGAUUCGGCAACGAAUGAAAUUUGGAACUCACGUUUAACGAUCUCACAAAAAAAGCAGUUUAAGAAUCUUGCAGAUAAUUUAAACAAGGCUCGAAAUGCCAAGAAUAUCGAAUUAAUCAUUCUGAUUAAUACACCACAAAUUACAACAACAGCUUUUGAGAGUUCUUUUUUUAACGGAGCGAGCUUUCAUGAUGACAAAAGUCUUGAACCUUUUCUACCUUUAGGUGUGGCUUAUGGUGGGUCCUUUUGGUAA